CGCUUGGCGCACUUUGAAAUGGAGGCACGUUUGUUUUGGUGGAGGUUUUUUUCUUGUUGAACGGCAUUUGGACUAGAAAAUGCCAACAAUAGAAAACGGUAAACGAGAAAGGGAAGAAGAAAUGGAACAGGAAACUCCAGAUAGUGAUAAAAGUUCCGAAGAUGAGUCGGAAUUGGGUUCUAUGGACGAAGAUGAGUCGGAACUGGAUGAAGAAGAAUGUGAGAGGCGUAAAAAUGAAUUCCUGGAUGAUAUGAUUGAUUUGGAAAGACAAUUCACAGAUCUUAAAGAACAACUUUACAAGGAGAGGAUGGGGCAGUAUGAAGCCAAACUUGAGGAAGUCAAGGCCGGCAAAGCUAUAGAGUACCUUAAUCCUCUGGCUGAGCUCCAGGAUAACAUGAGGAUACGGAUACAGGUGUCAGGAAUUCUUAAAGAAUACAGAAAAAUUUGUAUCCAAAAUAAAUUUGAGAGUGAAGAACUAGCCACCAGACAGAAUAUGGAGAGUGAGAAGGAUAUAUUAUUUGACUCUGUCAAGCAGGACUUGGAGGAGAAGAUCCGUCGACUAGAGGAAGAUAGACAUAACAUAGACAUUUCAUCAGAUUUAUGGAAUGAAUCACAGUUCAUGAAGAAAAAUAAAAAGAAUAAAGACCCGUCAAACCCUGACAGACGAAAGAAACCGGUGACAGUGGCUGGUCCAUAUAUUGUAUACCUGUUAAAAGAUGUUGAUAUUAUUGAAGACUGGACAGCUAUUAAAAAGGCUUUAAAACAAAAUCAGAAGCGGAAACCAGAUAUCGAGUUUUGAAGGUUUUAAAUAGUGCAUUGAUAUAAAAAGGAAACGGUCUUGGCUCAUGACAUGUUGUUCGGAGACUUGGCAAGAGGUUCAUAUCAAAGAUAUGACUUUUAUGGAUGUGUAUGUUGGAGAUUUGACCUAAUACAGAUGACGUCUGUGCCAGAAAUACGAAAAAAAUGACGUGUAUAUCCUGUGUAUAACAUUACAGAAGAAAAGGAGUCAUGCACAUGCAUGGUGGAGAAACAGCAUCACAUAUAGAUGUGGAAAAAAUGACAUGGUUGUGGUUUCCAUGCGUGGAUGAGAAUGUCUUACUUCCUUCCAUGGAUUUUCAGUUUUGUGUUCAAUACAGUGUAAUUUCUACAUACUGAGUAUAUUGAGAGCUAUCAGGUGGUUUCAGACAAUACAGUGUAGUUUCUAUAUAUAUUGAGAGCUAUCAGGUGAUUUCAGACAAUACAGUGUAAUUUCUACAUACAUUGAGAGCUAUCAGGUGGUUUCAGACAAUACAGUGUAGUUUCUACAUAUACUUAGACCAAUCAGGUGAUUUCAGACAAUACAGUGUAGUGUCUAUAAAUAUUGAGAGCUAUCAGUUGAUUUCAGACAAUACAGUAUAAUUUCUACAUAUAUUGAGAGCUAUCAGCUUGCAGGUGAUUUCAGAUAGUGCAGUGUAGUUUCUACAUACAUUGAGAGCUAUCAGAUUAUUUCAGACAAUACAGUGUAGUUUCUACAUAUAAUGAGAGCUAUCAAGUUAUUUUAGACAAUACAGUGAGCAGACUAAAGGCUGUCACAAAUCUUAUUCUCAAGGCUGCUAUAGCUACAGAAUGUAGCAAUUGUACGGAGAUAAAUUUGUCUAAUAUUACACUCAGAGUUGUCAACAAAGGAUAAAACUUCCCAACUGAAAUGCAGCUAUAUUAACUUAACAGGAGUGAUAACGUCAUAGAUUUGACCUGCAUUUAAAUGUUUUUGAGCAAAAAAUAUCCCAUAAUAUAUUUGAUAAGUACAGGAAAAUUUAUUUGAAAGUGUAUAUGAUCAAUCAUUCCAAUCAAGAAAAUUUGGCUUCUCUCUUUUCAAGAUGGAUAUGACCGUUGAAGUUAGCUGAAGUUUAUUUCUCAGAAAAUGUUGGAAUAUCAAAUUUCACUAGACCCCAAAUGUGUCCUGUUCAUUUGACAGCUUACUCCUCUAGUCAAUAGGUCGCAUAAAAUCUCACUUUGAAAAUGUUCAUCUUGAUACACAUAUAUAUAUGAAAUAUAUUGGUAUAAAUUACCCUGCUGUACAUAUCCUACUUUCAGGUAUACUUUAUAUUGUGUUCAAAGAUCAUCACUAAAUUUCCAGCAGCAUGGAUCUCAAAUGAUUUUUUGUUUACUUCAGUGCGAAGUUUUCAUCUCCUGAUCAUGUGCAUUUACUGCUAACAGAACUCACCACUGAUCCUAGUUAAAUAUUUCUCAACUUAAUAAGGAAAUUCCUUUACUUUCACUAGGGACCUCUGAUCAUGAAAAUAGGGCAACCAUUGAAAAGAGAUUGGAGUUCGGGUGGAAAAGUUGAGAGCAUUCUCAAUAUUUUUACUUGGCUAGGGAGCUACAUUAGCAUUCAUUCAUUUCUUUCUAUCUCAUUGAUAAAUGGAUUAAUAAGACAGUGACACACCAUCAUAUGAUGCAUCUUGUCAUCAGAAUCGGACAUGCUUUUUACUCAUAAAUACUGAUGCUUUACCACCCUUGUAUACAAUAUGCAAUGUUCUUCUUUUCCAUGCAGUCGAGCUGUGUCCAGUUGAAGUGGACACAUGCUACUAUUUUUAUAAUGUUCAGAAGUCAAGGUCAUCAAAUUUAAAGGGUACAGUCAAAGUGAAAUAUAUUGGUAAAAGUUUUUAUGUAAAUGUGUUUCCAUUCUACUAAUCAUGUUUGGUAAAAAUUCAUUAAUUUGUUUUAUUCCUAAUAUAGUCAUACAAAAGAUGUCUGCACUGAUCAGCCAUAUCCAUAACAAGCCCAGGGGUUGGGUGUCACUCAAAGUUUUAUCCAAAGUAGGUCUAGACCCGACUUACUGAAGGAAAUUUAGUAGCAUUUGUUAACAUUUUACUAUCUGCAAUAGACAUGGAGGGGCUUGUUACCAGGCGUGGGCUUGUUACAAGGCAUGGGCAAAUUGUCUGAUAUAUAUGAUAUUAGUGAUUGUUUAUCUUGGACACACAAUUCCUCCAACAAAACAAAAACUUUAACAAUGAGAACAUGUCAUCUCAUGCAAGUAAGUGUUAAAUAGUAUUAAAUUAAAUGUAACAUAAUAUAAGUCUGAAUCUGGUAUCAAAUUUUAGUACAGCACUUUGAAUCCAGUUUUAUUAAAUUUUAGUACAGCAUUUUAAAAUAAUUUAUAUGUUACCACUGUGACAGUGAUUAGCUAGAAUUACGAAUAAAAAAUAUCAUUAUCAAAAACAGCAUUUACAUGUUAUCUGAGGGAUAAUGAUUUGAAAACAGUGUUUUACCUCAGAUGUGUAUUUGUUUAUUACCGACACAGAAAUGCAACACAAUUUAUAAUAUCAGACCCUAAUAACAUAUUUCAUAAUUACAGCCAAGUUCUUCUUAACUGUGUUAAGACUUAUUUCUCUUCAUCAACAAGAAAUACCCAUGUUUACAGCUAUCUAAAGUUUAUAAAAAUUAUCACAAAUAUUUCUUCAGAAAUAUUCUUGAUAUAUUUGAAAUUCAAAACUUAAAAUGAUCUAUAUGGGGUUUAAACACUUUUACUUUCCAGGUAGAACACAAAAUAUUUGUAAAUUUUCAAAUUGAUUAUUAAGACUUAUUAUACAGUCCUGGAUAGUUUUAUCUAUAAUCGUAUAAUUUUUACAGAUAAAAGGCUGCUGUCAUUUCAGUGCAGUACGAAAUAUUCAAUAGAAGUAUAUAUGUUUCAUACAUGCGUAUUAUGAGACAUAAGUUAGCAAUGCUACUUAGUACUGUAUGCAUUGCACACAAAUUUGUUGAUUUUAACUCAUCAACAGUCAAUUCUCUUAUUUUGUCAAAUUUUGUAUUAAAAUUAAGAUAAAAAUCA